AUGGGAUCAAUUUUCUCAAGAAGAGUAUAAACAGAUAUACCCUUGCAUCUAAGAAGCAACAAUGUCUACUAAUUUGAAAAGGUUGAUAAAGAUGAGUAUAAGGGUUUUCUUCAAUAGAAUAGUUCAAGAGUUUUUAAUGGAAAUGAAGUUUUAAAGUCUAAAUGGGAAGAGGGUUCUCUUUAUUCAGUUUUCAUGUAUAAAUACAAUGGGGUAAGAUGGCUUCCUUUUGAAAAUGAUGAUUACCGGAAAUGUACAACUAAUGUUCAAGAACUUAAGUUUUUGACUUAUAAUGUUUGGUUUGAUGAUCAUUUCAGAGAUCAAAGAUAUUAAGUAAUACACUAGAUGAUCGAAGAGACAGAUGCAGACUUCGUUUGUCUUCAGGAAGUUACUUAGAACUUCUUGUUUAAUUUGCUUCAAUAAAAAUUCCUACGUCAGAAUUAUUAUGUUUCAGGCAACUUUAUAUCAGGCUAUGGAGUCAUGAUUCUAUCUAAGUUUCCUUGCUUGAUUUAUGAAAUGCCUUUGCCUACUCUUAUGAAUAGAACUCUAUUAGUAGCAGAGCCCAUAGGCGGGUUAAAUGGUGAACCCUUGUUAAUUGCAACAGCUCAUUUAGAGUCAGGGUCUAUUUACGGAUAAAUUAGGAAAAAGCAAUUACAGUUAUGUCUUGAUUAGAUAAAGAUUAGUCCAAACACAAUAAUGAUGGGUGAUUUCAAUUUCGAUUCAACUUACGAUGAUCAAUAAGCAAUUAUUAUUGAGAAUGGAUUUACAGAUGUGUUCUUAGAUUUAAAUGAAGGUGUGGAAUAAGAAAGUAUGCUGAAAAAUAAACAUUAUACCCCUUGGAGACCAGAUAAAGUAAUAUCUUAAAAGAUUAAUUCUAACUGGAGGCCUCAUAACAUUUAAAUAGUUGGAAAAUUCUGUAUUCCAUAAUUUUAGAAAGAUAGUAUAUAUUAGCUAAGUGAAGAUGGUAUUGUUAGGACACCUUCUGACCAUAUGGGCAUUAUAUCAACAUUUAAAUUUGAAUCGUAAAAAUGA